AUGUCUACACCUCUAGAUAACACCACCAACCACCACAGAAACAGCAGCAGCAGCAACAACAACAACACCAACCAACCUGAAUCAUCCUCAAUUUCUCAUUCGCAAUUUAGGUCACGCGAGCACCAGCAACGACAGCAGCCAAACUUUUUUAAGCGAUUAUCUAAAGCAUUAAAUUUAUUUCAACUGCAGACACCAACAUUUGCCACCGGUACUGCUGAUCAACAAAAUACACUAGAACCAUCAUCAACAGGACGUCUUAGAGGACUGUUUCGUACAUUACUUGGCAAAGGACGUUCCUAUACAAGCGGAAGGAAAAAGAAGAAGAUGGAGAGUGAUAAUACAGGAGAUCAAGACAACUUUAUUGUCAACGAAAUACAAGGAACCGACAGAGAUGUUACAGAGCUGCCGCGUAUAGGACGCAAUACCCAAACUGACUUCCAAAGAGAAGAAGCUAAUAAUGAACUGGACUUUGAGUCGAGAAUAGCUGAGUUUUUCCCUAAUUCUCUGUAUCGAGAUUUACAGCAUAACACAAAUCAGUCAAUGGUGGAAGAAACCACCGAGUCAAAUGCACAACCAGAGCAAAAUCAUCACACUGUUGAUAAUUCUGAAAGAGAACCUACUGAAGCUGAUAAUAACAACAACGCAAGCACUACCAACAGCAACAACAACAACACAGCAAACACUGAUACCAACAACGCCACCAACGAAACGACUUCAGACACCAAUAACACCACGUCAGACAAUCAACCAAAUAUACUCGACGACUUGUUGGAUACCAUCAAUAGCGCUAGCAACAGCAACAAUAACAACAAUAGUAACGGUACCGAUACUGACACCCAUAAUAGAGCUAUUGUCAUCACUGUCAACUAUUUGUUUUCUGAUCAAAAUACUCCUGACAACCCUAAUCGGUCGGGCUCACUUGUUCUUUCCUUACCCAACAACUCCAAUAAUCGUGACCCUGGUUCCAUACAAGAGUUUAUUAGAAUUGCCACACAGAUGGCAUACUCAAUGGUGAUGAAUGGCCUACACAACCAACCAAGAGGUAUCACUUUGAAUAAAUUUGAGCUGUUUGAAAAAGUGAAUGUGCGUCAUUUGAAUGAAGAAGAAUCUAAAGUUUGUUCGAUAUGUUUUGAAGAAUUUGAAGACGUUAUGGAGGAAGAACAGGUCGAAGAUGAAGUUUAUGAUCAAGCACUGGUUGAUGACGAGGAAAGUAAGAAGGAUGCCAGCAACUCGACGGGGGCUAGAGAAGGAGUUGUUGUGCGAAAGAAGAGACGGCUUGUUGAUAAGACCUCAAGAUUAUUGAGGCGGUUUUCGAGGUCGCACACCGAGAGAAUGGAAGAUGGGGAGAGGCGUACUCCAAAUGGAUCCGAGACUAGUUCUGUUAGUGACUACGUGACGCCUAUAGCAUCAAGCAACAUGUCUUCUAGACCCACUUUUGGCUCGAGAGCUCCAUCAAAUGGCACAACACCAAUAACAAAUGAAAAUCAAUCAAUGCAUCUGCCUCAUUCUUCCACGACAACAGCGUCACAACCACAACCACAACCACUGUCGCCGCCGACGCAAGACACAUCGCAACCUGUUUACUUAAUUGAUGUGAAAGACCCAUUUGAUCAUUCGCCAAUAAAGAUGCCGUGCAACCACAUCUUUGGUCAAGAUUGUUUGAGCGAAUGGUUGAAACAACACUCGACGUGCCCCUUGUGCAGGCACUCUGUUGCUGAGCCCGUGAACUCACAAGGACAACAGCACGCACGUGACUCACCAGGUACCGGUGUUUUUCAAGGCCUACCUCAAGCUCAGCAUCAACAAAUCAAUGGUCAAAAUUACACGUUUUACACCAUCCCCCAUGAAAGUUUGCCUGAUCUUGGAAAUGCUGGAAAUGAUGUUGGAGGAGGGAAUAAUAGUGAUGACCCUACACAAGCUAGUUUUGCCGAUCGUUUAGCCCAAUUGUUGAGGCCGGCAUUGAUGGGUCAAGCAAUGAGACGCAGUAGUGAAGUAAGCCGUGGACGUGAAAAUGAGGAUGGCGUUACUACUCCAAACAAUCUGAAUAAUCAUUCAAUUGAGCCGCUUUUGCGAGUGAUGCAACAAGCAAGAGAAGCAAGGGAACGUAUGGUGAGAAGUGAGACAGGUGCAAACCCAUCACCAUUCCGUAGAGUCAAUUCCGCCAAUGGUGCUGAUUUUGUUGGCCGCGGUGGUGCUUCCGCUCAACCUCCUACGUAUAUUCAGGCAUUGCGUAAUCAAGGUGAACGACCAUUUGCUCGGCUUCGAGAUACAUCUCCUGGGUUGGAGGGAAGAAUGAGACGUAUUGGUGCAAUACGACCAGAUGGGGAAGGAGAAGAGAAUGAAGAUAGAAGUGGUGAAAGAGCAACCAGAUCUAGGAGUAUAAAUUCUGGAUUCAGAGAAAGAAUGAGAAGAAGUGGUGCCAAUGAUUAUGAAGAACAAGAACGUUCGAGGUCGUUUUUGCCUGGAUAUAGUGAGAUUAUGAAUUAUAUUCGAAAUGGGUUUUCAGGUUUGAGGAACACAUCGAGCCGGCUAAAUGGAGAUGCUGAUGCUGACGAUGAUGUUGAUAUUGAAACUAGGCGGAGACAUCGUGAAAUGACGUUGCAUCCCGGUGGAUUGAUUAGCAUGCGUACAGCCAAUGGAAUAGAGACAUUUACUGAUGAAGAAGUUGAACGGAUGUUGAAUCGUCAAGAUAAUCUGACUGAUGGUGGUGAUGGCACUUUGAGAUCACCAAGACAGAAUACAAAUAGCCCGACUCGAGGUGCAGAUGGCAAUGCCAUUACGAAUGCUGAUGAUCAUGAAGAUGGAGUUGAUCCUUCAAGACGUGUUGACGACUAUGAGGAUGAAGAUGAAGUUGUUGAUAUAAAUGAAAGGAGAAGAAGAGGAUCGCUUGAUUCUCUUUCUUAUCAUCAUCGAAACUAUGGCUGA